AGGCCGUCGGCGCGGGAGCACAAACCUAGCGGAGUGGACAGGUCCGAACCGAGUUCCACCUCCCAAACCCCUCAACCCUCGCCGCCGCCGCCGCCGCCGCCGCUCGUCGCUCUGCUCCGCCGCAGCCAUGGGGAAGUUCCGCAAGCUCGGCCGCCACGCCGCCCACCGAGUAUCCAUGCUCAGGACGAUGGUGUCGCAGCUCGUGAAGCACGAGCGAAUCGAGACCACCGUCGCCAAGGCGAAGGAGGUGCGGCGCAAGGCGGAUCAGAUGGUGCAGCUCGGGAAAGAGGGCACAUUGGAUGCAGCAAGACGUGCUUCUGCUUUUGUUCGGGGAGAUGAUGUUGUUCAUAAGCUAUUUACAGAGCUAGCCUACCGUUACAAGAACCGAGCUGGUGGGUACACCAGACUAUUGCGAACUAGGAUACGAGUUGGUGAUGCUGCACCGAUGGCAUACAUUGAGUUCGUUGAUAGGGAAAAUGAACUUCGAGAAGCCAAACCUGCAACACCACAGCCACCUCAACGGUCUCCUCUUGAUCCCUGGGCCAAGUCUCGUGCUAGCCAACAGUGGGCGGGACCUAAAAUCAGCGAGGGCUCUAGAAAAGAAGGCUUAUGAAAAUAAUAUUCAUGUGUUGAGUUCCUUGAGACUGUAUUCAAUUUUCUGUACUAGGCUAUGAGGCACCAGCUUGUCAUUUUGGAGGAGUUUUGUCACGAGAUAUAUUGUCAAUAGAAUAAUUUGAACUUGGCUGCUUACUUUUAACAAAGCCUGAUGCCCUCAUGAGAUGUGUAUCAUGUAUGACUGCAAAUCAUUCAUUGAGAUAUGAAAUGCAGAAUUAUCCAUACCUGUAUUAUUCCCGGAAGAAUAUCGGUGGAGUACUGGAUUUCCUAUAGCUGA